CCUGUGCUGAUUUUGUUUGCGCUCACGGGACAACCCACGGCACGACAGGCGAUAUAAGUCGUUCCCGAUCUUGCCACUUUUGACCGACCCGACCCUUGUCUCACCACUUGGAACUGGCCCGGGCAGUGCAUCAUCCCUCGCAAAGCAUGCCAAUACCCCGGGUCCUCCCAGUGAUACUGGGUGCGACCGCGACCCUCGCAACCACUGCCAUCCUAGUCCUUCACAUCAUUCUCGCCCAUGCCCUCUCAAGCGUGUCACACUCUGUCCGGACAGCCGCACUCCUCUCUUCGGUCCUGGAAGCACUGAUUUUGGUCUCGUUAGCCUGGCUCCUUUCCUCGUACGUCGGCCUACGGGGUCUAGGAGGCCAUGGGGCAAAUUUCGGAAACAUAUGGUUCGCUUCGAGCUUGCUAUUGUGCGCCAUUACAGCCGCAGCCUCAGUGGCGACUGUCAUCUGCCUCAGCAAUGCCUCGUCUACCAUCCUCCCCGGCAGGAUCCUGGGAUCCACGACAACGGGCUUCCUAGUCGGAUCGUCAGUUGCAUUGGGCAUCUCGUUCGCGACGCAACUCGUCUUCCUCGUCGUGCACUACAUCAUUGGGCGUAUGCACUGUCACGAGGCAUCCUCUGGCCUUGAGACCGAAGAAGACCCGUGCCGACCACCCCAACCGCAGGCCAAGUCGGUCCUCUACCACCAGGCGGACUCGCGCUUGCCCAAGGCUCAAGGCAGCACCUCGAUGGAUUCCCGUAGCCCACCGGGAUCCAGUGCCGGACGGUCAGCAUCCGAAACCAUGAGUUCUAUCCGGUCAUCUCUGUCCCACGUUGUCCGGCCUAUAUCCUCCAAGACGCGCCUACUAUCAGGCAGCCAGCGGUCCUCCCGCAGGCCGACCUCAAUAGACUCCAAUGCCUACCGCGACCGGUCGAGCAUGACUGAGGACGGUUUCGAUUCGUGGGAUACGUCGGCCGUUGACCCGCAGAACAGACAGACGGUUCUUGAGACCACCUCGUCUACGACUCCGGCACGUUUCCUAGAGACGAUUCCCGCCAGCCCCGCCACAAGCAGGAGCCCCAGUCCUGGCACACCACUUGACUUGGAGGCCCCUAGGACCCGCAAGAGGAGCCGCAGCUACAGCCCCGCGUCACAAUGCAGUCGAUACUCGCAGCGGGCCGCGUUCACCCAUCAGUCCAAUGCUAGCGAGGCACAUAUUCACCCGCUGUUCCGCUCCGAUUCCCCAACGCCGCCCCCUUCUGCCACACCGGGUACAGUAGUUACUGCGGCGCCAAAUGCCGGCCAGGUCAUCUCUGAUCGGCAAAGUAUACAGACCCUGAGGCGCAUGCGGAGUGACAGCCUUCCAGUUGUCCGCAGUCCACUAAGCCAGCACGGCAGCCUUGACGACUUGAAGACCAGGAGCGAGAGGGCGGCCAGCCACUCCCCGGAACCUACCCAGGAGAUGGAGGGACUAGGGUCAGAGUCGGAGAGGAAGAUGACGCCUCCCAUUCCAGAUUGGAUCCUUAGUGCCGGCUCAAGAAUGAGCCUCUCAGGAUACCACAGUCGGAAACUCAGGAGUGCCGGGGCCUAGGCAGGGGGGAUGGGGCCGACGGUUAGGUAUGACGAUGAUGAGAUGGGAACAUGAUGUUUUCUUUGACCUUCAUCUUUGGGUUUUAGAUGAAGAUACGGUACGACACGACGUUAAUAUCUCCUUGGAUCUUGGGGUUGGGGUUUGAAUGAGGAGGGGGAAGAGGCGCAGUUCAGGAUUUGGUGGGCGGAUACCCGUCUUUUUUCAUGAUACCUUUUUCCAGCGAGGCGUUGUUCAUGGUGAGGGAGUGUGGAGCUUUAGAAGGGUCAAGUCCCAAUGUAACGAUGAACGACUUGAUUGACGGGAUUGACGGGAUUGAUGGGACAGGGAAAUGGAAAAUAAAGACUAUUGUAUAAGUCAAUGACAUGGACCAAACACCGGAACAAGUGACAGAGACUGUGUUGUAGCUGUUGUUGGCAGACGACUGCCCUAGCAGCUGUCAAAUUAUUGCCAGAUUGAAGAAGUGAGGCUGAAGCAGCC